UCCACACUCAACUCCCCCAAGUCAUCUGAUACAACAAAACAUUCCACUGAUAGCCAAUCCGCGACGCAGCCAAGGGACUGGCAAGAAAGGCCAUAACAGCUACUGGCAAAAUAUUGACAGUUUCUCCGAAACUCGGGCUUAGUUUUUUUGUGACCUUGGCUGAGUAACACCAGUAAGGAUCAGAAAUAUUUAGCGCCGAGCUAGGGUGUAGUGAAGUCGGGAGAAGAGGAGGCGACCGUCCGGACAGGAGAAAAACAAAGAUGGCUGUGUAGUUAGAGAGUAGUCCCAGCGAACUGUCUGAACAUAUCUCUGCUUUUUCCAAAACUGACACUUCCCGGGGGCUGGUGGAUAGUGAGCUGGCACAGGGGAAAAGACAUUAACCGAUCUGCCGAAUCGGGCAGUUGCUGAACGACCGCUCACGCGCUGGCACAACAAACGAAAGAGAAUGGACAACACAAAAACAUCUGACGGGGUGUUUUGUUAUAGCUAGACAGCGGAGAGAGCUGGAGUGUUUUGUGAGCUUGAUACUUAUAGCCUAGUAGCUAGCUGAAUUGAGCUUAUCUGCCAACAUCGCUAAAUAUCCAUCUACAAAUCUACAAAACGAUCAUCAAAUAACAAUUUUGGAUAUUCCAGAACGUUCGUGUAUCUAAAUUCCAAGCGCGUUAUUGCGUAACAUUGCCUACGAACAGGCAAGCUAUCUAGCUAGCCAACUUGCGUUCCAGCUCUGCUCGCUCGCUAGCCAACUGACCCUUAGCUGGGUGGCCUGGUUUUCCCCUGCCUAGCCUGUGACGUUAAACCUGCCAGCUAGGUAACAUUUUGGUGACGGGUAGCUAGCUAACGCCUGACAAUCACCACCACCCACCAUGUCCUCGGUGGAAGAGCGGGGGGAGGUGGGCGUCGCGGCCGCUCCAGGCUCCUCCUCAGGCGGCCUGGGGGUUGUGGCGGUGGGGGCAGCCCUGGAGGCAGUCGUCGGGGGGCCGUCUAUGCAGGAGGAGGUGAGCAUCCGGAGAGGAGAGGGGCUCGGUCCCGAGUCGGAUCCGGACGAGCCGCCGCCCAAGAAGCGGAUGAGACUGCCGGAGGGAGAGUCGGGAAAGCUGGAAGAGAGGCUGUAUUCAGUCCUGUGCUGCACUGUAUGUCUAGACCUGCCCAAAGCCUCCGUUUAUCAGUGCACCAACGGUCACCUGAUGUGUGCUGGCUGUUUUAUCCACCUGCUGGCUGACUCUCGUCUGAAAGAAGAACAGGCCACGUGUCCUAACUGCAGGUGUGAGAUCAGUAAGUCCCUGUGUUGUAGGAACCUGGCUGUAGAGAAGGCUGUGAGUGAGCUGCCCACAGACUGCCCCUUCUGUCUCAAACAGUUCCCUCGCUCUAGCCUAGAGAGGCACCAGAGAGAGGAGUGCCAAGACAGGUACACACCUCAUUGGGUGACACAGUGUAAGUACAAGCGGAUUGGCUGCCCGUGGAAGGGGCCGUUCCACGAGCUGCCGGCCCACGAGGAGGAGUGCUGCCACCCCACCAAGACUGGCACAGAGCUGAUGGGCAUCCUGGGGGAGAUGGACCAGAGCCACCGCAGAGAACUAACUCUUUACAACUCUAUAUUCUCCCUGCUCUGUUACGAGAAGAUUGGCUUCACAGGUAGGCUAGAGGUCCAGUUCAGGCCGUACCGCACAGAUGACUUUAUAACCCGUCUGUACUAUGAGACUCCUCGUUUCACCGUGUUGAACCAAACCUGGGUUCUGAAGGCCAGGGUCAACGACUCUGAACGAAACCCUAACCUCUCCUGCAAACGCACCCUCUCCUUCCAGCUCAUCCUCAAGAGCAAGGUGAACUCCGCUAUAGAGUGUUCCUUCCUGCUGUUGAAAGGUCCGUACGAUGACGUGAGGAUCAAGCCUGUGAUCCACCACCACGCGUUCAGCAACGACACCAACGAGACAGACUACGUCCCCCUGCCCAUCACCGACUCUGUGGAGUGUAACAAACUACUGGCUGCCAAAAACAUCAACCUUCGACUCUUUAUCUUCCAGAUCCAGAAAUAGACAGGGGGGUAGAGGAAGGGGGGAGAGAGGACCGAGAGAGGGAUAGAGGAAGGGGGGAGAGAAGACCGAGAGAGGGGUAGAGGAAGGGGAGAGAGAAGACCGAGAGAGGGGUAGAGGAAGGGGGGGAGAGAAAACCGAGAGAGGGGUAGAGGAAGGGGGGGAGAGAGAGAGAGCUUGUUCACCCCCUGAAGUUUGAGAUUAAAGUGAUACACCACUGAACCACUGAUACCUCUUUACACACACACACACACACACACACACACACACACACACACACACACACACACACACACACACCACUGGCUGACAUAUUUCUGAGAGUUAUACAACCCUAACUUGGGGUGCUUUCAUUGUUGCUAUGAAGACGAGGUGGUGUUGCCAGGGAAAUUUGUCUGUUGAGACUGACAUGGUUGUUCCUAUGGAGACGGGGAUGUUGCUAGGGGAGAGAGGGUGUUGUUGCUAUGGACUCGGUGGUGACACCUGAGCCUAAGGUAGCACAUGCAGUGUAUUCGGAAAGUAUUCAGACCCCUUUCCACAUUUUGUUAUGUUACAGCCUUAUUCUAAAAUAAUUAUUCUACACACAAUACCCCAUAAUGACAAGGCAAAAACAUGUUUAUAAAUUUUAUUAUAAAUAAAAACUUUAAUAGCACAUUUACACAAAUAUUCAGACCCUUUACUCAGUACUUUGUUGAAGCACCUUUGGCAGCGAUUACACCCUUAAUUCUUCUUGGGUAUGACGCUACAAGCUUGGCACACCUGUAUUUGGGGAGUUUCUCCCUAUUCUUCUCUGCAGAUCAUCUCAAGCUCUGGAGCAGGUUUUCAUCAAGGAUCUCUCUGUACUUUGCUCCGUUUAUCUUUCCCUCGAUCCUGACUAAUCUCCCAAUCCCUGCCACAGAUGGUGCCAGGUUUCCUCCAGACGUGACUCUUGGCAUUCAGGCCAAAGAGUUUAAUUUUGGUUUCAUCGGACAAGAGAAUCUUGUUUCUCAUGGUCUGAGUACUUUAGGCAAAUGGGCUGUUAGGUGCCUUUUCCUGAGGAGUGGCUUCUGUCUGGCCAUUCUACCAUAAAGGCCUGAUUGGUGGAGGGCUACAGAGAUGGCUGUCCUUCUGGAAGGUUCUCCCAUAUCCACAGAGGAAUUCUGGAGCUCUGUCAGAGUGACCAUCGGGUUCUUGGUCACCUCCCUGAACAAGGCCCUUCUCCCCCGAAUGCUCAGUUUGGCUGGGCGGCCAGCUCUAGGAACAGUCUUGGUGGUUCCAAACUUCUUCCAUUUAAGAAUGAUGGAGGCCACUGUGUUCCUGGAGACCUUCAAUGCUGCAGAAAUGUUUUGGUACCCUUCCCCAGAUCUGUGUCUCGGCACAACCCUGUCUCGGAGCUCUACGGACAAUUCCUUCGACCUCAUGGCUUGGUUUUUGCUUUGACAUGCACUGUCAACUGUGGGAAGUUAUAUAGACAGGUGUGUGCCUUUCCAAAUCAUGUCCAAUCAAAUGAAUUUACCACAGGUGGACUCCAAUCAAGUUGUAGAAACAUCUCAAGGAUGAUCAAUGGAAACAGGAUGUACCUGAGCUCAGUUUUGAGUCUCAUAGCAAAGGGUCUGAAUAUUUAUGUAAUAAGGUAUUUAAAAAAAAAAAAGUGCAAACAUUUAAAAAACCUGUUUUCACUUUUGUUAUUUUGGGGUAUUGUGUGUAGAUUGAUGAGGACAUUUUUUCCAUUUAAUCCAUUUUAAGAAUAAGGACGUAACAGAAUGUUUAAAAAAAUCAAUGGGUCUGAAUACUUUACGAAUGCAUUGUACCAACCAAAGCAGGAUGGUCCGCGAGUGUGUGCGUGUUCCAAAGAUGUGAAUGUGAAUUUUGAAUUCUGUUGACCACUCAGUUAGUCUGUCCAAUGGAGAGGUAAAGGGUGUAUGUGUGUCUUUGAGCCACCUGUAUGCACACACACACUUGCUCCCUGACAUGCUCCUAGUCUGUGUGUUUAGGACAGGUGUUAAUUUUGUAUCUGAGAGCAGCCAAGACCAGACCCAAGAUGGCUGUGUUUUGCCCUUUGACACACAGGAGAGGUGUUCUGCAUGCUCCUUUUUAGUUAGUCCUUUCAACAUUAGUUGUGAUUUAUAUAUUAACGUUAUAAGCUAAUUUAUACCAAUUCAUAUUUCCUUUUAACCCUGAAUAUUUAAAUACCUGUGAACUUUUCCUUUUUAGUUAGUUUUUGUGUGUGUGUGUGUGUUGAGACAGAUUAAUUUUGGGCCCAAGUGAACACAUCCCUAUAAACACACUUGCACACAUGUGAACUCCUUCCUCUGCUCUGGUUGGUCUGUACUAGAGACCUGCUAGAAUUGGAGAACCCCAGCUUGCUCUGAGAGGGGAGGCCCAGCUAGUGUGACAGACUGGGUGUGAACCCAGUUUAUCUGCGUGCCACGAGACUGUGUUGGUCCUCUGAGCUGAAGUGUAGGCAUUAGCUUGGGGAGGUACCUCAAGUCUUCAAGUCUCAGAUAAAGUUAUUGGCGAUGGGAGGGUGGUUCAUCUCAGAGAGAGGGAAAAUAUAACCUGAACGGUCCACCAGCUCAACCUUGUUCUAGAGGACUAGACCAUGACUCCGGUUCUAAAGGGGGAGAAACCUCUGGGGCGGUGUGUGUGUGUGUGUGAGUGUGAGUGAGUGUGUGUAUAGGGGGUGGGUGUGGUGCAUUACUAUGGCGACGUGUUUAGAGCGUUAGACUUACUUGAAUGACGCUAUGAUGACGAUUGACGUUACUAAAAGUAGAAUCUACUGUGAUAGAUCAGGAGUAGAGACAGAUCUAUCUAGGUUGAGUAUUUCUAUAGAUCUGUCUCACCUCCAGGCCUAUCUAGGUCUUGUAUUCUGUGUUUUAAUGCUUUUUGUCUCUAUACCAAUAGACUCACUGACUCAUCUCACUAUGGCUGCCUUUUUAUUAAACAUCAUGGAAACUGACAAAUACAUUCCUCUCCUGUGAGUGAGUGAGUGUGUGUGUGUGUGUGUGUGUGUGUGCUUGCGCGUGUGUGAGAGUUAUCCAAAUUGUUAACUGCUGAAACUAGUCACAAUGAGAUAACCCCUUUGGUCGGUCACGUAUACUAAGUUUUGCUUUGCUUACUUCAAUACUGUGGUGUGUAUUUUGUCCUUUUAUGGAAAAAGAUGGCAGUGUUUGUGUUCCUGGGUCACUUCCUGGGCUAUACUCACCAAUGCCGACUGGCCACCUGUAGGGUGCCAUGAAGCUAAAUUGCCAAGCAGACAGCUCACAUCCCUUUGCAUUUUGAAAGACGGGGGGAGUGGAGUUGUGAGGUGUCUCCCCCACACUGACAGAAGCCAGGCAAAAAGUGUGUGUUUUAUCAACUUGUGUUUCUUAUCAUUGACCAUGUUGCAUCAGUAAAGGUUUGUGUGUGUGUGAGAGAGUUAGUUAGUGAUGGAGACCAUGAGAGUGAGUGAGAGAAAGACAGCUAGAUACUGAGCAGAAAGGGUGAACAAAAAAAUUGCCACAUGAAAUGUC